UGUCCGACACUAUUUGAUUAUAAGUCGUUAUCGAUACGGCGACGGUUACGACGACUACGACGACGGUGACCAUCCGAAGAGUACCCCAUCAGUUACAGGAUUAUCAAAUCAAUAUCAUUCUCGUCACCGACUCGCAGAUCUCGUCCGAAACCGUAUCGCGGAGACCUGUGCCAAAGGUAGUCUAAAUAUAAACAUAUUAAUUCUGCCGAUAUUCAGCCCACAGUAAAAACAAUGGCUACAAAAACCUUAUUAUUACCCACACCGGACAAGUUGAAGGAAAUUUACCAAGACCUGGGCACGACCGAAGAAAAGGUCAACGCAGACGUGUUGACCAUCAUGGAAUGGAUGCGUAAACAACCACAUCUCCCUAACCCAGAUGUUGACGAACGAAGAAUUCGUAUGUUCUUAAUUCUUUGCAAAAACAGUAUGGAGAGAGCCAAAGAGUCUUUGGAUCAAUAUUAUACAUUAAAGUCAAUGGUUCCAGAAUUUUUCGGUAACAGAGAUCCUACUGCGGAACCACUCUUGAGAUCGAUGAAAACAUCACUUUUCAUUCCUUUGCCAAAACUGACGCCAGAAGGCUACAGGAUCUCAUUAAGUCGUAUCAGAUGCCCAGAAGUCGAUAAUUUCGAAUUUUCGGACUACGUCAAGGUCAACUUUAUGUCCAUCGAUAUUAGGCUGUCUAAAUUAGAUAUGUUCAAAAAGGAAAUAUUUGUCUUCGACUUGAAAGAUAUCACCAUGGCUCAUCUGACCGCUAUGUUACCUCAGAUGAAGAAGUUCGUUUACUGUGCAACAACGGCCUAUCCAUUACGGAUUCAAGAAAUCCACAUACUAAACAUGCCCAGCUAUGCUCAAACGAUGGUCAACAUGGUGUUGGGUGUUUUGAAAAAGAAAAUUGCCAACAGGAUUAAAAUCCACAACGGGAUCGAAGACCUGAAGAAGCACAUCAAUUCUGACAUCCUUCCAUUGGACUAUGGUGGUACUUUCCCGAAAAAUAGCGAAGAAUUGAUCGUUGACUGGCAAGAAGAAUUGAUGAAACACAGGGAUUGGUACCUGUCUCAGAAUUCGGUCAUUUGUGAUGAAAACAGAAGGACAAAGAAGCCUUGCGUUAAGGUGAACAUGCUGGCUGGAGUUGAAGGCUCAUUUAGAAAACUCGAAGUAGACUAAAAUGUGUGUGUUUCAUUUGUAGAACUAUUGUUUUUUUUUUUUUAGUUAGUGAAUUGAUUUUUUUUUUUAUUUUAAGUUUAUCCGACAUAGACUCGAUAGGUUAUAUACAGUGUUUAGUUUUGAUCGGUAAGAAUAAUAUGCUUUUUUAAUGUAAUUUUAUGCAUGGUGGUGUACGUCAAUCUUUCAUUAUUUUUUUUUUUUAAAUAGAACUGUACAAUUGUAUGUGAAAAAAAAAUUAUAGUUUAUACCAUGCUUAA